CCAUUUUUGUUAGGUCAUCAUGGAAAUGUGCGAGUGAAAUGUCUGGGUAAAUUUAAUUCAGAAAUCAAUUAUACAAGCGAACAGAAUGGUGUUGUAUUGAACGAUAAUAACAGGCACGUUAUUACUUGUGACCCAAAAAUCACCCUUUGGAUAUCCUAUCGAACAUUUGAAAGAAUUUUACUUCACUUCAUAAUUACAAUCGCGUCAAGAUUAAAGUCAGUUGAGCCCAUUAAGAAAAAAGAAACUGUAAGUUGACGCGACACUCGCGCAUCAGUUAUCAGUGUAUUCUGUGUAAUCUGGCAUUGAUCGCAGUGGUGAUCUGCGCCGGAUAUCGUAUGGAGAGUGUUGGGAAUCCAGUUCUCAGACUUGUUCAUAGAAUAGAACAGCUUUUUAAAAUGAUAUACUUAUAUUGCCUCAUCUGAUGAGACAUUAAAUAUGAACAGUGAUAUAUCACAUCAAGAAAAUUAUGCCUUCAAGAUAUAUGGAGCUUUAUGAAUAUAACCCAGACAUUCGUUUGCAAUAAAAAGAAACGUUGAAGAAAAUAGACGUAUUAUUGGGAUGGGAACUUGUUUAUGAGCAGGGACAAAGUUUUUAGGGAUCAUUAGCUCGGAGAUUAUUUGUUGCAUUACUAUUCAGUGAAAAGGAACUUGUUUUGAGAACAUAAGGAAUGACCUCGUUAGGUAUAGAGUGAAUCAAGAAACACUGAAGUUUGAAGGAUAGAACAACAAGUCAUCAUUUUUUAGGAUUAUUACUCAUUACAAGGAUAGUGAAAUCCAAACAUUCCUCUCAAAACAAAGAAUUAUUCAAGUUGGAUAAGAUAUCCGUGGUCAUGAUGCUACUUAUUUCUAAUCCAAGAAAUUGUUUGCUGCAAGUACUCGGUGAAGGUUUAAGCUAUGUGACAUACGGAACCUUGUAUGCAUACAAUAUUCAGGUUGUGGAUAUAUCCUAGUCGGGGUAUUCUGGAGACUUCAUUAUUCCGUCCCGGAGAUAUGUCUCGGGACACCAACGGUACAACCUCUGUCAUUAAUGAGGACUUCAAAGAGUUCUACGAGCAGGCCAGGUUUAUCACGGGACUCAUCCUGUAUCCCAUUUUCUGUGUCUUGGGGCUAAUUGGAAAUGGCCUAGGUAUAGCUGUUAUGCUCCAGAAACAGAUGAGAUCGUCGACAAACGUGUAUCUUCUUGCUUUGGCGAUAUCUGAUGGGAUCAAAAUCAUUUGCGACGCACUGUAUUUUCUUGUGGUGCUCUUUUUAGAAAUAGAUCCGAAGACCGGGAACCGCCUGUACAUAUUUUUGUACCCAUACGCGCACUAUGUUUUCAAUGCAUCUCUUUGUAUAUCGGCAUGGCUCACAGUGGCGGUGGCAGUAGAAAGGUACGUGUACGUGUGUCACGUUCACAGAGUUCGAACCUACUGCACCUUGUCUCGAGCCAGAGCGAUAUCCUUCAGUGUGUUCAUCAUCAUGAGCUUAGCUUCCAUUCCAUAUGCCUUGCGAUACAAAACUGUUGAGAGCGAAAACAACUCCACCUCCUGGACCAGUUACGACCUAAGCCUUACCGACUUAUGGGCGGAUUCAAAAUUUGCUUCCAUCUUUACAUGGACACAGUAUUUUAUCAGAAUUAUCAUUCCACUCACAUUGUUGAUUGUACUCAAUAUAUUCAUAAUGUACGGAAUUCGAAAAUGCCGCAUCGGAAGAAAAAAUCACAGGAUAACGGUCAUGUUGAUUGUCGUCAUCAUUGUUUUUAUCAUAUGCAUUAUCCCGGAUGCCAUAAUGUCGACCUUCUUGGGUUUUGGGUACUACGAGGAGGACUAUCUCGCACGAGCUAUUCGGGAAAUCACCGAUUUGUUUUUGCUUAUCAACACGACCAUUAACUUUGUGAUAUACUGCGCCUUUAACACAAUUUUUUGGAGAAAUUUCCAAUCUCUGUUUUGCUCUUGUUGUAUUUCCAAAGGAACAUUGCUGGAAAAUUCACAUAUGAGACAACUUUCACUGUGUGGUCGGGAACAUUCGAAAAGAACACUCAUACGUGCACGUGUUGUUCAGGAGGAGAGGCUCCUCCCGGAGCCAGCUGCAAUUUGAAUAAAAAUCCAUUGUACAUCAUGUAGAUGCUAUUUUGACUGAUCUACAAUGAUACUCAGAAAAGGAAUUCUAAGGUGUUCUGUUGUUUGUGCCACCUUGUUUACUGUCACGUCUCGAUUACCCGGUAAUGUGUUUUCAGCCAGUGUGGUUAGAUUCCACAAAAAUGUUUUCACAGCGAUUCAUUGUCAAAGUGCACUUAUUAUUGAAAUAUAGAUAUGUUUUGAAACUAUAAUUACAUG